CCCCCUGCUGGUCGUUUUGUAGCAUUGCACCACUUAUAAGCAGCUGUAGGCGCUAGCUCCACUAUCCUCGGUCCUGUCCUCAUACCCAGACACGAACACCCUGCUCAGAUAAAUAAGAUACGCUGCUGUUUGCGAUGGUUGCACCGUCAACCGUCUCUUCGCCAGGAGCCACGCCAGAGCAGCAAUGAAGGCAGGGGCCUCAUCUGUGUGGGCUUCAUGUUGUGGUUUGCUGAACGAAGUCAUGGGUACCGGGGCCGUCAGAGGCCAGCAGCCAGGGUUCGGCGCCGGGGCUGGACCCUUCAGAUUCGCCCCCAGUGCGGGAUACUCUACCUACCCUCCCACCAGCUCAGGGAGUCCCAACCCGGUGUGUAGGACCUGUGGCCAGGGCUUCUCUGUCUUUAGAAGGAAGUACCUUUGCUCCGAUUGCAAGAAACACUUCUGCUCUCCGUGCUCCGUGCUGGAGGAGAAUCAAUUCACCUGUGCCACUUGCCAUUUGCUGAAGGCCACAGCCUUUCGACGAGCACGACUCAUGAGCCUGCGGGUGAAGGACCUGCGUCAGUACCUGCUGUUGCACAACAUCAACACAGAAACCUGCAGGGAAAAGGAGGACCUGGUGGAGUUGGUGCUCUGUCACAGGGGCAUUGAGGAAGAGGAGGAGGAGGACCCUGAUACAGCUAGCCUCCUCUCACGCUCCCUGUACACACAAACCACGCAGUCUGCCACAGAGCUGUCUGCUUACGACGCCUCCCAGGAGGAAUCUCCUAGCAGAAGCGAUAGCUCUGAUACCAACCAGGAUAUCAGCAUCACUGCAUCAGAGUCUCUCCUCAACCUGGACUCAAGCGAACGGACCCCUGAGGUGAGUCCUCAGACACUCCGCCGGGCCAGAGCCUCCCUCUCUGACAUCUCCAGUCUGAUGGACAUCGAGGGCCUCUCCGUCAGGCAGCUGAAGGAGAUCCUGGCCAGGAAUUUUGUCAAUUAUUCAGGAUGUUGUGAGAAGUGGGAGCUGGUAGAACGCGUCAGCAGGCUGUACCGAGAGACGGAGGAGAACAGGAAGUCAUUAGAAAAUGUGAGCAGGACAGUAACUACAGUGAUGGCCUUCCCCCCUCCUAUCUGCAACGGUGCCAUCGGAGAUGGAGAAAACUGUUCGCUGACUGUUCACGACGACAAUCUCUGCAGGAUCUGCAUGGAUGCCGUGAUAGACUGCAUUCUCCUGGAGUGUGGACACAUGGUCACCUGCACCAAGUGCGGCAAGCGAAUGAGUGAAUGUCCGAUCUGCAGGCAGUACGUCGUGAGGGCCGUGCACGUCUUUAAAUCCUAAUGCACCUUAUGUGGACCGAGGCUUUACUUUGAACUCCACCAUGCAGCUCAUAGACUUCCUCUCAAAAACACAUUCUGUGGAUGUUUAAGUUUCACAUUUUGCACAGUGAGAUAUUUUAUCUUUUUGUUUGUUUUUAAAAAUGGACUCUGGUUUCACCAGUGGUCAAACAAGGACCACUUCCUUUGAGUCAUUCCUCGAGUGGAAAAAAAUGUCAUGUAUGCAUUCUAAAACGUCAGUUUUAUUAAUUUUUUUGUUAGAAUCUUAAACAUUUGGCACAAAAAUUAGUCAGGGAAGCAGUUUUUUUUACCUUUUUUUUAACAAAGUGUACCACUAAUGUGUGAACUGACUCUGUUGUAGAAGUGUGGAACAAGCAACUGUGUCAUAACUGCACGUAAACGCAUGAACAAGACGGUUCGUUUGUAUUAUCGAAGCGGGAGGAGGUCGGAUGGUUUAUGAAUGCGCACUUUUGUUAGAGGUGAAACUCAAAAUCAGAAUAUGGUGCAAGUUUAUUUCAGUUAGACUGAGAGACCAUCUAAAGGCUCAGGUUCUGGAUUCAUUAGCGGAUUAAAGUGUGAUACUUCACAAUAUUCUAAUAGAUUUUUAAUGUGGGGUUUCAUAAGCUGUAAUCAUCAGUUAUAAAGGCCUGACAUGUCUGGCUCUGCCUGUAAUGAGGCUGAUAAGUUUUACCUGAAUUACUGACAAAUUAACUUAAGCACCAUAGUCUCAUUUUCAAGUUUCACUUGUAUGCCGGUAUCCUUUUAACAUGAAGCAUCUCCUUUCAGACACAUUGGUUGUUUUAAAUUUUCUGGUUGUCGCAAAUAAAGAGAAAAUUAAG